CUCAAAGGCGAAGUACCUGUACGUGUGAUAUUUGGAAACACUAGUGCCUUCGAAGUUGACAGCAACCCGAGCUAUGUGGGGGCAUACCUGAACUGCGUUUGCCUUCAUGUCCAGCAAAAUCGUUCCCGAGAUCGAUGAAGCAUAGACCUUCGAAGUGGGUGGUGGACAUAAUCAUUUGUGCUUCUUGUGCAGUGGCAUUACUGUCCUUAAUAUCUCUUUUCUGGUUGAGAAACUCGAAGAAGGAACAUCUGCCUGCCCGCUCCCUCGGCCAUUUUCACGAGAGAAUUUCGUAUGAUGCUCUAUUCAAAGCUACCGACGGGUUCUGUUCAAGCAAAUUGAUUGGUUCAGGUAGUUUUGGCAAUGUGUACAGAGGAACUCUUGGUCCCGACGGAAAAAUCGUGGCCAUCAAGGUUUUGAAUCUCCAGCAGAAAGGAGCUUUCAAGGGCUUCUUGGCCGAAUGCAAAGCACUCAGCAGCAUUCGGCAUCGUAACCUUGUUAAGAUCUUGACUGCUUGUUCGAGCAUCGACUCCCAUCGUAAUGAGUUCAAAGCCUUGGUAUACGAGUUCAUGGUAAACGGCAACUUGGACAUUUGGUUGCACCCAAACGACGAACACAUGCAAUUCAAACCUUUGAGCUUCCUGCAAAGAUUGAACAUCACAAUCGAUGUGGCCUUUCCUUUGGAUUAUCUUCUGAAAUAG